AUGGCCAAGGACAAAGCGAAGAAGCCAAGCGUCUUCGAUGACAGCGACGACGACACUGGCGGCGGCGUCGAGCUCAAGGUGAACGAGGAGUAUGCGAAGCGAUUUGAACACAACAAGAAGAGGGAGGAGAAGCACAGACUCGAGGAGAAGCAGAAGGCCGGCAAGACCAAUGGCACUCACGACGACGAUGACUCGGACGACUCUUCGUCCGAUGACGAGACCGAAGACGAGGACGGCUUCCUCGCGACCGCCGAGCUCGAUGCGCAACUGAACGCCACCCUCGAGGCCAUCAGGAAGAAGGACCCGCGAGUCUACGACAGCUCCGUCACCUUCUACUCGCCGAUCGAAGAAGCACAGGCUGCUGCGGAUGCUGCCGCCGCCGCCGCCAAGCAGAAGAAGGAGAAGCCCGUCACGAUCCAGGACUACCACAGGAAGCGCUAUCUCGAGGGUGACACGGGCAAGGACUUUGACGACGACGACGAAGCUGCUCCACAAAAGUCUUAUGUGCAAGAACAGGCCGACAUCAAGCAGUCUAUCCGCGACGAGAUUGCCAAGUUCAACGAGGACGUGAGCGAAGACGACGGCGACGACUUCAUCAAGGCCAAGUCGAAGCCCGAGAGACAAGUUACCGAGGUGGAGUCCGCGACGGCCACCACAGACAUACAUCCUUCUCGCGCAGGACGGGUCAAGACGCCUGCCGUACCGAAACCCGACGUCACACUGGCCGACAAGGACCCGGAGCUGUUCCUGUCCAACUUCAUGGCCAGCCGCGCGUGGGUCGAGGAUGAGGGACCCAAGUGGGAGGCUUUCGAGUCUGACGACGGCGACGACGCCGGCGACGACAAGGCCGACGCGUGGGAGGAGGCUUACAACCUGCGCUUCGAGGACCCGUCCAAGAGCAACGAAGUGCUCAAGACUUAUGCCCGUGACGUGACGGCGGCGCGGUCAGUAAGGAGGGAGGAGAAGAGCAGCCGCAAGCGGCAACGUGAGCAGGAGGCCGAGAAGAAGGCGCUGGAGAAGCAGCAGCGCAAGGAGGAGCGCGCGCGCCUGCGCCGGCUCAAGAUCGAGGAGGCGGAGAACAAGCUCAACAAGAUCCGGAAGGCCGCGGGCCUGUCCGGGAAUGCGCUGCGCGACGAGGACUGGCAGAAGCUGCUGGACGCAGGCUUCGACAACGACAAAUGGGAGGAGGAGAUGGCCAAGCACUUCAACGAGCAGUACUACGCGCAGGCCGAUGAGGAGAUGGGCGCCGCGCAGUCCGACGCCGAGUCCGAAGACAAUGAAGACGACGAAGGAGAGGAGAAGAAGAAAGGCAAAUCCAAGAAGCCGAAGAAGCCCACAUGGGAUGACGACAUCGAUAUCAAGGAUCUGGUGCCGGACUUUGAUGACGAGACUGCGGCGGCGCCUGUCGGCGCAGGCAACGACGAGGAGGAGGACGACGACGACAACGAAGAAGACGGGCCGUCCGCGAAGCGGCAAAAGACCACCAAGGAUCGCAAGAAGGAGCGCCUGCAGUCCCAAAAGGAAGCUCGCAAGGAGCGCGCCAAGCUCGAGGCCAUAGUCGACGCACACAUGAACAUUGAAGACCCCGAGAUCCUCGCCAAUGGCGGCGGCGGCAGCGGUGCUGCCAGCACAUCCGCGGAGCCCAAACAGACCGGGUUCCGGUACCGCGAGACCAAGCCCGAGUCGUUCGGCCUGACGACGCUCGAUAUCCUCAUGGCGUCCGACUCGGCGCUCAACCAGUACGCCGGCCUCAAGAAGCUCGCGCACUUCCGGCCAGAGGACAAGCAGGCCAAGGACAAGAAGCGGCUCGGCAAGAAGGCGCGGCUGCGGCAAUGGCGCAAGGAGACGUUCGGCGAAGAGUUCGAGCGGGAGCCCCCGGCGUUCAACCCGGGCCGGCCAGACCCCGUGGAAGAAACCGCGACGGCGGGGAAGAAAGGUGAGGCUGGCGAGUUGAACAUUAUCGAGGGCGGGAGCAAGAAGAAGCGCACGAGGAGCAAGGGCAAGAAGAACGCCGAGGCGACUGCUUAA